AUGGAGAAGUACUUUUUUAAAGUAUCAAAUUCAAGUUAUAUUACUCAGAAUCAACCUAACCGGGAAGAAAAUGCUAAUCAUUUGGAAGUACCAUCACACUCUUCUCAAGAAUUUGAUUUAAGUUCUUUAAAGGCUGAUUCAGGUGAAAGAACUCAAAUCUUGGAAUUUCAUCCAAAUCACUGUGACGCUAUUAGAAUAGCUUAUCUCCAAAAAAAACCUUGUCAGCCUCUAUUAAGAGAGUUUCCACAAACAAACAUUUUUGGAGAUGUGCGUCGUUUUAAUCAUAAAUGGUUUGAUGAAUUUCCUGAUUGGUUAGAGUAUAGUAUAAGUAAAGAUGCAGCCUUUUGUUUGUAUUGUUAUUUAUUCAAGCAAAAUAACAAUCUUCAAGGCGGAGGUGAAACAUUUUCGAGUGUGGGGUUUAGAAGUUGGCAAAAAAAAGCUAGUUUGCAAACACAUGUUGGUGGGCAUACUAGCAUUCACAAUCAGUCAAAAAGAAAAUGUGAAGAUCUAAUGCGACAACAACAAUCCAUACAUGCUUCAUUUGAGAAACAAUUUAAUCAAGAUAAGCACGGGUAUCAGAUCCGCUUAGCAGCUUCAAUUGAUGUAUGUGAUGAAGUUCGUAAGUUUGUAUUGGGAAAUGCUCCUCAAAAUGACCAAAUGACUUGUCCAAAAAUUCAAAAAGAUAUUGUAAUUGCUUGCAAGAUUGAAACAAUUAAGGGCAUCAUAAAGGAACUAAAUGGUGAUUAUUUUUCCUUAUUGGUUGAUGAAUCUUUUGAUGUUUCACGCAAGGAGCAAAUGGCGGGUGUUUUACGAUAUGUUGAUAGAAGAGGAUUUAUGAUGGAGAGACUUCUUGACAUUGUUCAUGUUAAAAAUACUAGUUCUUUAUCUCUAAAAGAAGCAAUUGUAAUUUACUUUCUCAACAUUCCUUGA